AUGUUGUCAAGAACUAAUAGUAUGCAGUGGAUGGAUGGAAACAAAGAAGUGGAAGAAACAAAUUCGUGGACUCGGAACAAUAACAGUGGUGGUUUGGAGAAUAAAGAUGAUACAGAAUUUGGUGCACUUUCUUCAUUCAAAUCUAUGCUCGAAGCUGAAAAUGAAGCCGACUGGUACAUGUCGGCCACCGCCGCCAACAGCCACGAAAUCAACAUGCAUGGCGGCAGCCAUCAUGAUCUGGGUAACAUCUCUUUUUCACCCAAUUUUACUGACGCUGAUAAUAAUCAGCUGGUUUUGCAUUCGGUGGAUUCUUCUGCUUCAUGCUCACCAACAUCUGCUUCAGUUCUCAAUUCUUUGGAUCCAUCUCAUCAGUUAAACUAUUUUCUGCCACAAAAAUCUACACUCAUGAAUCCAAUUCACAACAAUCUUUUAGAGGGGACAUUUGAUUUGGGUCGUGAUAAUGGCUUUCUUGAAAGUGCUUUAAACCGGGGAACUGGGAUGCUGAAUACUGCUUUCAAUGAUUUAAGUACUCAAUCCCAAAUGGGCGCUCUUAAUUUAAGCUCGAACCCUCAGUUUUCAACUAGUAAUUUGCUUCAACUGCCUCAAACCAGUGGCGGUUUUGGUGUACUGGGUUUUGGGGAGGGUUCCAUGAACGGGAAUCCAUUGUUCUUUAACAGGUCUAAGAUGUUGAAGCCACUUGAUGAUUUUGCUUCAGUUGGAGCACAACCCACUCUCUUUCAAAAAAGGGCUGCUCUAAGGAAGAAUCUUGCUAGUGGGAGUGUCAGCAAUUUGGGGGCUUUGAAUUUAGGAGAUGAAAUCAAUCAUUCUCGAAGUUCAACUAGCCUCGAAGGCUAUGACAAGAAGGGGGAAUUGAGUGAUGUAAAUGAGAGGAAGAGGAAAAACAGUAGCGGGGAUGACGGAGAGGAUUUUAGCAUUGAUGGGUCCAAUUUGAAUUAUGAUUCUGAUGAUCAAUUUCUGGAGAAUAGUACUGUCAAUAAGGUGGAUGAUACUGGUAAAAAUGGUGGGAACAGCUCAAAUGCUAAUAGUACUGUCACGGGCAGUGGUGGGGAUCAAAAGGGUAAGAAGAAGGGGCUUCCGGCGAAGAAUUUGAUGGCUGAAAGGCGCCGGAGGAAGAAGCUCAAUGACAGGCUUUACUUGCUGAGGUCUGUUGUACCAAAGAUUAGCAAGAUGGACAGGGCAUCAAUACUAGGAGAUGCAAUUGAAUAUUUAAAGGAACUGCUACAGAAGAUUAAUGACCUCCAAAAUGAACUGGAGUCCACCCCUUCUAGCUCUUCAUUGUCUCCGCUCUCAAACUUCUAUCCUUUGACGCCUACAACACCAGGCAUUCCUUGUCGAAUCAAAGAAGAACUGUGCCCAAGUGCAUUUGCAAGUCCAUUAUCUAGCCCAACGGGACAACCGACGAGGGUCGAGGUAAGGCUAAGAGAAGGGAGAGCAGUAAAUAUUCACAUGUUUUGUGGGCGCAGACCAGGCCUUCUGCUCUCCACUAUGAGGGCUCUGGAUAACCUUGGUCUAGACAUCCAACAAGCUGUGAUUAGCUGUUUCAAUGGGUUUGCAUUGGAUAUCUUUCGAGCUGAGCAAUGCAAAGAAGGUCAAGACCUCCAUCCAGACCAAAUCAAAGCAGUACUCCUGGAUUCUGCAGGCUUUCAUGGGAUGGUGUAA